AUGUCAGUGUCAAUUGCUCCCACUGAGACGAUUACGUCCUUGUCUCUGGUGCCCGAGCUUAACAAGGAGCCCUCAGAAGCCUCAGAAGCCUCCGAGCUGGAGCUGUUGAAAGCAUCCUGCAUUGUCCGGCAGACGCCCAUCUCCGUUACGCUAGACGGCUCUUCUAUAUGUGUCCUUGCGUUCGGGAUUGUACUCGCAAUUCACUUCUUGGAUUCAUAUCUGGCCGAGGCAGUCGUCAGCCUUAUCCCUCUCGCACUUCUAAUCCACAAUGACUAUAAUAACUUUUUGAAGCUUGGGCCGGGAGGCACGCCGUCCACUGUCCAAGGCUAUAUCCGAAUUACCUGCCUCCGCAUGCUCUCUCUCCGCGACCCUUUCACAGCCCCCCGACCAGAUCCGAACCGCCUUCCUAAAGCAGGAGUUCUGAGUGCCCAAGUGCUCCCAUAUCGCGCCGGACCUCGCCCUGUAGUUGCCGGCAUCGCACCUCAACGACAGCUCGACCAACAUGGCUCACGGCGAUGCUAUCUUGCCCUCCGCCGGGCCAUGGAAAGGCUGAGCGCGCAGAGCCCCAGCAAGUUUGGCACCGAGCGUUCAUGUCUGGAAAAGCACGGCCUGGCCCUGUUCGCCAGGCAUCCUCUGCAGACCAACUGCCAGGGCGAGAUUUGCCACGUCCACGACUCGGACCACUCGAUGCACAUGAGUCUCCACCCGGAUGACAUCAAAGAGAUACUGCAAAAGGGCUGGGGACAGAGACAUCCCCUGGCGUGGAAGGGCAGGUACAUUCAGAUGCCCGUCACUCAAGAGUUUGUCAUGAUUUAUGCCCCAAGAGAUGAGAUGGAGCUUGACAUCGUCUGCAAGAUUAUUAAUGCUGCGAUAUGGUACACCCUUGCAGAGGUUGUCGAAAUGAGCCCGAAAUGA